AUGAUUGAUGGAGACCUAUUCAGGAAAAACAUCAAAGAUGACCUACUCUUAAGGUGUGUCAGUAAGAAAGAAGCCAUGAAAGUAAUGGGAGAGACCCAUGAAGGGAUAUGUGGUGCUCACCAAGCUGGAAUAAAAAUGAAGUGGCUGAUUAGAAGGUACGCUUAUUCCUGGCCCGAGAUGCUUAAAGAUUGUAUCACAUAUGCCAAAGGAUGUCAAGCAUGUCAAAGGCAUGGGCCAAUCAAUAGGGCCCUGGCGAUUGAGUUACAGCCAAUCAUAAAACUAUGGCCUUUUAGAGGCUGGGUUAUGGAUUUGAUAGGGAAAGUUUAUCCACCUUCUUCUAAACAACAUUGUUUUAUUAUUGUGGCAACUGACUACUUUACCAAGUGGGUCGAGGCGGUGCCCAUGAAGUCAGUGCACCAGGAAGAUGUGAUUCGGUUUAUCAAGCAACAUAUUAUUUAUAGAUUUGGGAUCCUAGAAUCAAUCACAACUGAUCGAGGUUCAGCCCUCGUUGCCAAAGAAGUGCAGGCAUUUGCAGCAGAGUACGGGAUCAAGCUCCUAAACUCAACCUCGCACUUUGCACAAGGAAAUGGUCAAGCCGAGUCAUCUAAUAAGACGCUAAAAGGCAUCAUUAAAAAAAUAGUGGAAGAUAACCCCAGGGUGUGGCAUAAACUGUUAUCAGAAGCACUUUGGGCAUAUAGGACUUCUCAACGGUCAAGCAUAGGUGUGACUCCAUUCAUGCUCACUUAUGGUCAUGAUGCAGUUUUGCCUAUGGAAGUGACUGUACGGUCAAUGAGAUUUGCAUUGCAAAACAAUUUGACUUCUGCGGAAUACAGUGAAUCUAUGUUGAUCGAAUUGGAAGACCUAGAUGAAGUGAGGUUAAGAGCUCUCGACCAUAUACAAGUUCAAAAGAGGCGAGUAGCAAGGGCAUAUAAUAAACGUGUUAGGGCCAAAUCCUUCGGCGAAGGUGACUUGGUUUGGAAGACUAUCCUCCCAAUAGGUGUGAAUGAUCAAAAAUAUGGAAAAUGGUUGCCAAAUUGGGAGGGGCCAUUUAUAGUUUACAAAGUCUUAAAAGGAGGCGCAUAUCAUUUGCAAGAUCUCGAUGGGGAGAUACACCCUCAGCAAAUUAAUGGCCGAUACUUAAAAACUUAUUAUCCUACAAUGUGGGAGACAAUGGAGAAUGAAGCCAAAGAUGGUUAA